UAAACGUAAAACAUUUCAUUUCUAUAAACUUGAAGCACAAGAAUUUUUUAAACGUUAAAAAUUAAAUUAAUAUAAAUUAUUAUAUAAAUGUUGUUUAGUGUUCAAUUUAUUAGUUUAUAUAAAUUGUGAUAGAUAUGCUGUGAUUUUGUUUACACUAUUAGUAAUUGUUAUAAAUUAUUAUUUUUUUAUAAUUGUGCCCUGUUAAUAAAAGAACAUAUUUCAAAAUUAAAAAUGAGCAAUUUCCAAGAAUUUGAUUUUCCUCCAGAACUUUGUUGUUCACCUAGUCCAUUAAUUGCUAUUGCUGGAUUAGACACAGCCAACAAUGCUACACAUAGAUCUAUUUGGGAUGCAUUCCAUAGUUCAGUAGGCCGUGAAAGUCGUGCAAUUCUAAACUUUUUCCAUUUAACAUCAGAAUUCAAAUUCCCACCCUUGAGUGAAAAGCGUGUUAUGCCUUACAUCCCAAAAGGUAUACUUAGAAAAAAUUGGCUAGAAAAACAUAUCCGGUUUGAUCCAGCUGUUGUUGUAAUAUUUUAUGAUUGUGAUUGGGAUGAUGAAUCUUGGAAUGAAAAAAUCAGUGAAUGUUCUGCUAGAGUUCAGUCAAUAAGAGUAUCAUUAGAAGGCCGAAAAUCUAGAAUUGUUGUUGUUUUAAUUCAAAAACGUGUACCAGUAACAGUAACAUCUGUAGAUGAUACAAUUACUACUGAAAGAGCUGCAUCAUUGUGCGAAACAUGUAAUCUUAAUCCAAAAGCCUUAUUUAUACUUCCUGUUGCUGAUAAUAUUCAUGGAUAUGCUAUAAGACUAGAAAAUGCCUUUUACGAUUUAGCUCAAAAUUAUUAUCAACAACAAAUUAGAGCAGUUAAAUCAAAAUUGGAAAGUUUAAGUAAAACUAGCCACCAAUAUUUGCUUGUUCGUUAUUCAUUUAAAAUUGGUUUUUACAAUGAACUGCGUCAAGACCAUCAUAAUGCACACAAACAUUACCAUCAAUGCUAUAUGUCAUUAUUAGAAAUUAGAACAUUUGACUCAAAUAUGUAUGAAAUAAAAGUUGUAGCAGCUUACAUUAUUUACAAAAUAACUAGAUUACUAUUUUUAAUGAAGAGAUCUCGAGAUGCUUUAACCCAAUUUAACUCUCAUAUAAAUGUUUUUAAAUCCAUGAUAGGACCGCCAGAACUGAUGUUUGAACAUUAUUCAUGGUUGUCAAAACAGUAUUUUAUGUUUGCUUCAUUAUUUGAUGAAACUACUGCUGAAAAUUUUAGUGCUACACUUACCUUAAACCCAGGAUUUUUUUUUAAAGAAGCUGCUGAAUAUGCAAAAAAAAGAAAAUUUAGUGCCAUUGAAAUAUGUAAGGAAAUAAUGGAAUAUCCUUCAAGUAAUCCAUUAAUUGGUUGGAAUAACAUAGACUUUUAUGGUCAAAGACCAUGGCGCCUAAUCAAAACAAUUAGUAACACAGACUUUGAUGCCCUUGAAAGAGAUGGUAUUCAAGCUUUGCAAUAUUAUGAAAAUACUAAAGUAGAUCACUCAAAAUCCAUCAUAAGUUUUUUGGGAAAUGCAAUGAAACAGUUCAAAAGCUACAAAUGUCCAAGAAUGCGAAACUUUUUGGCUGUACAAAUGGCCAAUGAGUAUUAUAAUGCAAAAGAAUAUAGUAAAGCUUUAACAUUGUGGAGUCAUAUGUUAAGAGAUUAUCGCGAUGAAGGUUGGGAAGCAAUUGCUCAUGAACUUGUGAAAAAAUGUCUCAAAUGUGCUUAUAUUAUAGCAAGUGUCCAAGACUAUAUUGAACUAAAUUUGGAAGCAUUACUGUUUAUUAAUGAUAACUAUUUACAGAAAGCUCUGUACAAUAUUACAACAAUAAUACAGAAGCGUAUACCAGAACCUGAAAAUGGGCUAAAUGAAGAAGAAAUAAAUACUGCUCUAAAUUUAUGGAAAACAUAUGAUAUUAAAAUGUCCAAAAGUUUUAUAGAAGUAGACAUGUCUAUCAUUAAUUCAUCUAUUGAUACGAAAGUUGUCCUAAAAGAAGUGUCUUGUGAUGGUGUAGAAAUUGAUAUAUUUGUUAGGGCCAAGUUUCCUGUUUUGAUACAAUUUUCUAAAAUGAUAGCUUGUAUUUCUUCCUAUAGUAAAACUUAUAACAUAGAUGUUUGUAAUGAUAGUAGUAAACUUGUGUAUGGUAUUUGUAAAACUUAUGAAUAUACUUGUAAAUUUAUGCCAUCUCCAAAUGAUGUUGGGAAAGAAAUAACUGUGAAUUUUAUUAGUCUUCAGCUAGGUUAUGAAUCUGAACUUCCAAUUAUACUAAAAUUUAAUACUUCAAGAAAACUGAAAUGUUUUGAAAAGGAAAUCAAUAAUUUUAGUUUAUCUAAGGCUCAUAAUGAUAUAUUUGAACAAAUAAAACCAGUUUCAUCAUCCAUUUUAAAACCUAGACGUUCACGAAUUGGUAUGGAAAUCAAGCAUGAAAAUCCAGCUCUAUUAUAUGAAUGGUAUAAAGUAUCAGUAUCUAUGCAUAAUUUAGAAAAUUUUGAUGUCCAUAAUGUAUCUUUAAACUUAUCACUUAAUCAAAAUAAUGUUGAUAAAGUUGAAAAUUCAACUGAAAUUUGUGAAAACUUAAGUAAGAAUUCAUUAUCCUUACCAGCUGAUUUUAAACUUGAUACAAUAUUAAUUAAAAACCAAAGUACACAAAUAUUUUAUGUACGAUCUUCAAGUUUAGAUACUAGAUUUUUUCAAAUAAUGAUAAACUAUACUAUCAAUGAUUCUGGAACAAUAAUUUCAUGCAUAAAAGAAGCUGAAAUAAAAAUUGAUGUAGUCAAUGUAUUUGAUAUGACAGCAACAUAUAUGUCUUCCAAUUUUGAACAAUUGUCAAAAAUUUAUGUUGGCGAAUCAAUUAUAGUUCAAACAAUUAUGAAAUGUGUUUCCCCUUGGCCAAUAUUGAUUGAAAAUUCAUUUUUUGAAUCAACUGAUUUUGUCACUAUUUCUUCUGGUGGAUAUAUACCUUUGGUUAAUGGAGUCAUUUUAGAAACAAAUGAAAGUGCUUCAGAUAUUGUGUCUUUAUGUGUGAAACAAUGCAACGAAAAUUCUUUAGGAAGUUUCAUAAUCCAUUGGAGAAGACUAAACCAAGAAAGUGGAUGUCUAGGUGGAACUUCAAAAUUACAUUUACCUAAAGUGAAUAUGGAAAAAUCACUAUUACUGGUUGAUAUGGAAACACCUGCUCAUGGAUGGUUACAUACACCAAUGAAUAUUGUUUACUUAUUACACAACCAUUCAGAAACUUUACUUACAUUAGAAAUAUCAAUGGAAGCAAAUGAAGCUUUUAUGAUGUCUGGUAAUAAAGAUCUUAAUAUCACAGUAUUGCCAGAAAGUACUUUUAAAUUGCAUUAUAACCUUUAUCCACUUGUUGUUGGUGUUUCAACGCUACCUAAAAUGCGUAUAAGUUGUACAUCAGAUUUAAGCGACUUAAAAAAUAUUUUAAAUGAUAUCACAUUACGAUCGUUGAAGACUCAUAUUAAUGUUAUGCCUAAACAUGUUGAACACUGAAGAUUUCACUCGUAAUAUAAUCAAAUUAUUGAGCAAGUUAUUCAGUUCAAUUUUAAGGACUAAUACUUGUUAACUUGUUUUAAUUAUACUAUUUAUAAUUGUUUCAUUAAUUAUUAUUAUUUGCAUUUAUUUUUAAUUUAUUAUUAUCUCAAUUCUGUUAUAUUUGGUAUUAUACUCCAAUUAAGUAUAAAUUAUAAAUAAAUUAAUGUAAAUAUUACAUUUUAUAUAAUUUAUAAUAAACUGAUUAUUUAAUCUUUAUUAAA